UUGUCGGACAUAACAGCUGUGAGUUCUCAAUUAAUUCAGGUAGUUAUGCAGUCCGAGUUCCGUAUCCAGUACAACAAAAUGCAGGAUAAUCCCAACCCUCCGUCUACCCUGGUGUGGCAACUGAUUAACAUCAUCAUGACAGUGUUCUUCUGUUUAGCAGCCUAUGUCAACUUGAAUGAUGAUGAUUGGUAUGUUUGGGUGCCAGGUUAUACUGUACCAGCACUUCUCAGUUUGACUGCUGCAUUCAAACCAAGUAUUGCAAAUACUACAGUGUGGGGUAGUCUAGCAGUAGUGGACUUCACACUGUCCUGUGCUUAUGCAGUAUAUGCUGUGGUCAUCACUUUAGAGGCAGUUGGUCACAAGGUAGCCAACCCACUACAACAUGAAGAGGGCAGAGAGAUGGGCGGGGUGUUUAUAAUCAUUGCCUGGCUUGGCAUAGCCCGAUUCACCAAUAUUGGCAGGCCUGGGGCUAGCGUCACAAACAAGAGCCUGAUGAACGCCCUACUGCUGAUGACAGUCACCCUGACCCUCCUGCCGCUGUUUACUUGGUCUCUUUGUUUUGUCAGUGACUGGCACACCAAGCUUGCACACUGCAACAACAUGUUCAAACAGUGAAAUUUUCUCCAGCAGUGAGGCUGGGUAACUAACUGGUUACACGACAUUCCUAUGGCAGUUUUGAACAUCACAAAGUCCCAAUAUAAUGUUUCUGACAUUAACUUUUCAUCCCUAAUACCACCAGCAUCAGUUCAUUGACUUAAUUUCUUGCAUUGCAUAAAUGUGCAAUAUACUUUGUGUGAUUAUUUAUGUUUUUACUGUGUUGUUCUCAUGUUAUGUGUUCUUUAGUAAUAAAUAUUAUUAUACA